AUGUCUCAUCAUCAUCAGCAUCAUCAUUCUUCCAAUCCCUUCGAGAUCUUCUCCACUCACUCCGAUUCCGAUUCCGACUCAGUGAGUUGCUUCGUCACCGAUCUCUUCGAGGGUCGCUCGCGCCUCUGUUCCUGCGACGACACUGACAUAAACCCCUUCUCCGGCGUCGUCUGCGAUGUCCAUCGCUCCGAACACGUGCUAGGUUUGGGGUUGGGGUUUGAGGUUGGAAUUGAAUCCCAAACGCGGGGCGACGAUGAUAAUAAUCGCGAUAGGGUUUUCAAUUUCGCCGUGGGGGAUGGUUCGGGAGGGCUUAGGGUUGUAGGGUUCGGUUCGGAUUCGGAUGAUUUGAGUGGCGAGGGGGGCGGGGUUCGUGAUGAGGGCGGUGGAUUUGAUGACUUCGAUGUUCGGUUGUGUUGGGAUAGUCUCUGUUUGGAGGAUCAGAGGACACUGAAUGAGUGUUUUGAAUGGGAGGAGGUUGAGGAGAGGGUGAAUGAGAGGGAGGAUUUGGGUUUGGUGGUUGGUGAGGCUGAAAUUGAAGAUGAUGGUGAUGGUGAUGAUGGUAAUUCGGUGGCGUCGGGGUUUACUAAUGCCGGUGAGGAGGAGGAAGAGGAGGAGGAGGAGGAGGAUGGCGGCGAAGAGGCGCUGAGGUACCUUGAGUGGGAGAUUCUCUUGGCGGUUAACAAUUCGGAGAGGAAUGCUAACAAUGGUGGUGGGUUGGAGCAUGAGGGCAUUACCGGUGCUGCUGAUUUGUUGACAAUUCAAGAUGGUUAUGUGUAUGCGGCGGAGUAUGAUGUUUUAUUCGGGCAGUUUCUUGAGAAUGAGAAUGCCUUGAAGGGAAGCCCUCCCGCGGCGAAGAGUGUUGUGGAGAGUCUCCCCUUGGUGGAGUUGUCGAAGGAGGAGUUGUUGCAGGGGAAGAACUUGGCGUGCGCCAUUUGCAAGGAUGAGAUUUUGUUGGAGGAGAAGGUCAGGAGGUUGCCCUGCUCCCAUUGUUACCAUGGGGACUGCAUUUUGCCAUGGUUGGAAAUACGCAACACAUGCCCAGUUUGUCGGUUUGAGCUGCCCACAGAUGAUCCAGAUUAUGAGCAGAGGAAGGUCCACAGGGCUGCUCAUGAUCUGUUGGAGCUUGCAGCAGCAGGGAUGCAAUUUUGA